ACACACUCACACUCACACACGUACAUGCACACACACAAACACUCAGAUGAUUAGAAAUGUACUAACACUAAUGAUUGUUAGUAAGUAAUUUACUUAUCAAAGUGUUAACUAUACACACAUAUUUACUAUUCAAGUAUUUUCAGAAGGGGUUUGUGGUUUUUGUUAUACAGACAUGCUUACUCACAUUGAAUACACUCAAUCUAAUUCAUGAUAUCUAAUUAUAUUGAUAAUGUAUAUCUAUUUCUAUAUAGAUUUAUACAAUAAAUGAAUGUUACAUACCAAUAUAGGGUUGAUCAUCAUAUGAUCAUUAGAAUCUGAUGAUUUGUUUGUUAUUUUUUUAGAACAAAUUUUAUGUAUAUAAAUUAAAUCACGAAUUCUUGAAUCAUUCUAUACAUCGUAUAACUUCAAUUCUUCAGUUCUUCUUCGAUUCAUUCAAUACUUCAAUAAAACAAUGUCGAUAAAUCAAUUAACUCAAGAACAAUGGGAUGAUCUAUUUCAUAAAUAUAAAUCAUUACGUGAAUCUAAUAAUAUUGCAUGGGAUGAUAUAAAAAGUGCAUUAGAACUUGUUGGUGUCUCUGUAGCUGGUCAUGAAAUAAGAGAUUUAUUAGGACAACAAAGAAAUUGGCUUAAUCCAGAUGAAUUUCAUGAAUUAUAUAAAAAAGCUAAAGAUAUGAAAGAUACAACAAAAGCUAUCAGUAAAGCAUUAUUAUUAAAACAUGCUGAAGAUGUAAAGUCAUUUACUGUUGGCAAAAAUGAUACUGAUACUCGACAUUCAGUUAGUAAAGCAGAAGAACGAGGUUUUACACUUUGGAUCAAUAAACGUUUGGGUCAUGAUGUAGAAUUACAAGACGGAAUUCUACCAGUUGAUCCUUCAGUUGAUGGUCAAUUGUAUCAACGCUGUAAAAAUGGAAUAUUAUUGUGUAAACUUGUCAAUGUGGCCAGUCCACAUACUAUUGAUGAACGAAGUAUAAAUAGAGGACCUAGUUUGAAAAAUGUUUUCAAUGUUCAUGAAAAUCUUACACUGGCUGUUAAUUCAGCUGCGUCUAUUGGAUGUUGUGUAGUAAAUACUGGUCCAGAGGAUAUUAUGCAAGGUAAACGACACAUUGUUCUAGGAUUAAUUUGGCAAUUAAUUCGUCGUGGAUUAAUCGAUACAAUUACAUUAAACAGACAUAAAGAAUUAAUAGCUUUAUUACAUGAUGGAGAAACUGCUGAAGAUUUAUCUACAUUAAAACCAGAAGAAUUAUUAAUGCGUUGGGUUAAUUAUCAUUUACAUCGAGCUGGUUGUGAUAGACGUAUAACAAAUUUCAAUUCUGAUUUAGCUGAUUCAGUUGUAUAUGCUCAUUUAAUGGAACAAAUAGUACCAAUAGAUAAACGUUGUAAAUUAAUGUCUGCUAGUGAAAUUUUAAGUUCAACUAGUCGUCAAGAAAGAGCAAUGAAUGUAUUGAAUAAUAAUGAAACAUUGGGUACACCAUUUACACUUUCACCAGAAGAUAUUUAUUUAGCUGGAGAAAAGAAUAAUGAUAAUCGUGAUCGUUUAAAUUUAGCAUUUCUUGCUACAUUAUUCAAUAUGUAUCCAGCUUUAGAUGCACGUCGUGAUGAUUUUAUAGUAGAAGGUGAAACAUUAGAAGAAAGAACUUAUAGAAAUUGGAUUAAUUCACUUGGUGUUAAACCAUAUGUAACCCAUUUAUAUACUGAUCUUAGUAAUGGAUUAGUAUUAUUACAAUUAUUUGAGAAAAUUAAACCUGGUUCAGUGGAUUGGUCAUUAGUGGAUCAAGAUUUUGAUCCAAAACGUCGUUUAUUUCAAGAAACAGGCAAUUGUAAUUUAGUUAUUGAUUCAGCUCAAUCAAUGAAUAUACGUUUUGUUAAUGUCAGUGGUAAAGAUAUACAAAAACGUGAUCGUAAAUUAGUGUUGGGCGUGUGUUUCACAUUGAUGCAAGCGUAUAUAUUUAAAUUACUUCAUGAAGUAAGUUUUAUCAUUCAUUUAUAUGUUGACUUUAUUAUUUAAUGACUUACAAUGAUAUUGAGAUUGUAUUUCUUCAAAUCUACUCCUAUACUAGGUGAAAUGAACAGUCUAGGUAACCUGUGGUUGAGUUUACGCAGUACAUUUCUUAACCCUCUCAGUGGAUGAAGAUUUAUAAUUCACUUUGUAUCUUUUGUCUAAAUUCAACGUCCCUUACUUUACCGUUACACGUAGUUUAUACUAUUAUAAACCAUAGUUUACACUCAUACAGUAAGUUUCAAUUCAGUAAAAUAUUAAGAAUGAAACCAACUUAAUCCUAGAGAAUUACCAUCUAUAUAUAUUUCAUUAAUCGAUAGUCUUACUAAUAUAUAUUUAUCCAACUAACUAAUCAGUCAGCCAGUUACAACGUAGGAUAAGGCACAUAUAUCCAUCGGUCCAGGUUGUUAAACAUCAUCAGUAUAAUAAGAUGAACACCAAACUCAUAGAAGUAAUCACUUCAAUGGUAGUAAUGUAUAAAAGAAACAUUGUGUAUGAGGAUAUAAUAUAGGAAGAAAGAAUAAGUUAGUAAAAAGAAAGGCAGAAAUCAAUUUCAAUCUCACGGUUCAAAGGAAGACAAAGCGUGUAUAUACCUACUCCAAUGUGAUCGAUUUUGAGCCAUGUCACCAAGAGUCUAAAACCAUUGUUUACGAUAGUUACACGGACCCCAAACAAGUAGUCUGCAUCUACCAACAUGGCUCAGACUAGAAGUAAGUAACUUCAAAGGCUGAUGCCAUGUUUCGGUUUGGCUGCCCCCAACUUUCUUCCAACUAUCCUCAACACUACUCAGCAUUGGGUGUCGUGGUAAUCGGUGUUCAGGCAUACGUUACAUGUGGCCCAACCAUCUCAGUCGAUGAAGAUUCACAACCUCAUCAACUGAUUUACCAUUAUUCCCUAAUACCCUGCGUCUAACCUCACUAUUACAUACCCGGUGACAAUAAAGAUUACAUGGUCAAAUAACAAGUUUUGUGAAUUUUCAUAGAAACUUCAACGAACAGUUUGGCUUCAAGUGUGUUAGAGACAUAAAAAAAGGUAAUUUUAUGUAUAAUUCUGAACUAUUUAAACUAAAUUAUUCUAACUCUUCAUUGAAAGAUCCAACCAUCAGUAGGUAAGCAAUCAACACUACAUAAGAAAAUUAAGAUAGUUUCCAAUAAUCUAAAACUGACAUUUAGUCGUAGCUUUAGUAAUCUCACAGUUAAACAAGAUCAAACACGAUUCUUCACUAUUCAGUUAUAUAUUCAUGUUCAUAUAUUGAUUCUGUUGAUAGUAUCAAUAUAACCCAUUUGAUAUGAAAUAAAAUCACAAUAUGAAGUACAAUACUGUGUACGUUAAUCAUUAUUGAACUUUAAUGAUUAGAAUUAAUGUGUUUCACACAUACUAUAAGGCAAAUGUAUUGAAAAAUGAUCAAUUAUAGUACGUCCCAGAAACUAUUAUCGAUUAUUUAAUCUAAUCUAUUUAAGUCAACAUGUUUACUCCAUAGCAUUAUGGUGUCAAAUCAUUAGUUUAUCAAGAAGAUUGACCACCAUCAACCGUAUGUUGGUAAUAAGAAUUGGCAUAUUGUUUAAACUCAUAAAUUUAAAAAAUAUCUAGUUUACAAGUUUACUCAUGCUUUUACAAAGAACAAAUAGAUGAUAACUCUGCCAAAAAAAUUUGCUACAUAGAAUUAAUCGUUCUAUUCAUAUAGUAUUAUUCAUUUGAAUGUUCCCAUUAAUGUUUUAGGGCUGGAAAUGAUCAAUCUCGUAUUGGCAUAUGUGUAUACAGUUUGUGUAUUGCUUCGAUAUUGGUUUAAGUCAUAAGCACUCUAGAACUCGAACCCAGUGCUGUUCACUUCAAACGCAAUCGCGUUAUCCAUUUAGCUACUGAGUCAUGAUAGUUACUUGCUUGUGCAAUGGGGUAAAGUUUAAAGUCAAUUAGUUUUGUUUACUUGAAUCUUCUUAUUGAUGUGGCUAUCAAAACUCAGUAGCUAAGUGGAUAAUACGAUGGCGUUUAAAGCGAAUGGUACAGGGUUCGUGUCCCAGAGUGAACAUUAACUCUGAAAUGCAGGUACAUCCAGCUCAUGAAUCCCAAAUUGGACGAAACGUGAGUCAAACUGGAUUCCACUACUAGCCACAAUCCAUAUUUGCUUAAGCUGAAUUAUAUUUAUCAAUGUCCGUACUAAAAACAUGAAUCCUUUGAAAAUUAUGUAAACAGAAUGAUGAAAAAAUGUCUGCUGGAAGUUUGGAUAAACAAUGUGGUUAUGAGAUGGAAAGAUGAUAAAUGAUAUAUGAAAUAUAUUUCAGGGCAUACUGAAGAUUUCAUUUAACUUCAAAGUAUGUAAUGAUGGUAGCACUAAAUUCAGACGUAAAUGACACACACGCGAGUGAGAUCGUGGUUGCGCACUGCUGAAGAGUCCCACAGUAGGAAGAAACGACCUUCCACUGCUUCCAGGUUUUUAAUAGUGGUCUAGUAUCAAUCUCAAUAAAAAAACUUAAUAAUCUCCACACACACUAAAUCAAUAACAGAGAAAUUCACGUACUUCAGAGAUUUUUUUCAUAUAUGAACUUAAUUAAUGUAAAUAGACUUAAUGGAAUUCAUUUAGUUAUUGAUCGAUAAAUUCCUUGUUCGUUUCUAUCUCAAACAUGACCAUAAUUAAUGAUGAUAACUAUUGUUACUGGUUAUGUACCUUGACAAUUAUUUGUCUUCUAGUGUCAUUUAGUUUUAUAUAAUAACCAUUAUAAAUAACUCAGACUAUAACUUAGGCCUUGUUCAUAUGGUAUUUGAAGUUCAUCUAAAUAUCCAUUAUAUUUAUAUGUAUAGUGUCACAUAAUUUAAUUUGGACAGUGUGUGCUACUGUCGAUAGAUAUAAGUAAUAUGUAUCAUCAAUCAAAAGUGAAAUAUCUGGCGGUAGAAGGUUAGAAAAUCGAAGAGAUGAGAACAAGAACAAUGAAUGAUUGAUGUGGAAAUGAAGGAACAGUGAAGUCUGAGAUGAUUGAUUACUGUAUGGCUCACAGACUUUAACAAAGCAUUCUGUAAUUUUAUGUUUAAAUACAUUCAACUGUCCCCACUUGUGUUCUUGUUUACUACAAUAGUACACACUGAGUUACUACUUCACUAUCGUAUUAGGAAACCUAACAACAUACAAAUAGGACUUGAAAAUCGUUUGGUAAAUAUUUGUUUUUUGGUCCUAUGUUUGAUUGCCAAAUAAAUAAUUACAGCUUCAACAGACUCAUGAUUUCAAUCUGUGAAAUUUCUAAAAUCUCCACAAACCCCUUCUGAUAAUAAUCAUCUGCUCACUAGCGACUGACUUCAAGAGAUACUCCUAGAGUUCUAGUGAGAAGCCGUUACCAGUGGAGUUCAACCAGGUCUGUUGUGAGAUAUCAGCUCACUGAAGACAAUGGUAUACGGCAGUGCAACUUUGUGGAUUGUUUGAAGUUAGACAUUAACAUCAUUAGAUGCCGGCUCAGUAGUCUAGUUGGUUGGGCGCUUGUCGCAAGACUGGUAGAACCUGGGUUCGAAACUCGCGGGGUGCGGGGUCGUGGAUGCUCACUGUUGAGGAGUCCCAUGUUAGGACGAAACGCCCGUCCAGUGCCUCCAGGUUUUCCAUGGUGGUCUAGCUUGAAUUGACUCAUGAUUCCAAUCUGUGAAAUUACAGUUUACUUAGGUGAAUAAUGUGUUAUUUAAUAAAUAAACUUAUGGAACCCAUGUAAAUUCAAAGCCUACGUUUAAAUGUGUUGAUAUGUAGAUUAUGUAGUGAAUUUAUGUGACUCAUAUCAACAAAUACCGUGUAUAUAAAUUGGUCAUAUAUUGUGUUUAUAAUAAUUCAUGUCUUUGAACACAAGCUAAUAAGUGAUCAAGAAAUAUGGAUAAACACCUUCUGGAGAAUACACGAAUGCUAUGGUUAGCUUUCAUGGUACAAUAAUAUAACUCCAUUUAGAUCACCCUGGUUGGCAGCGUAUGACGUCACUGACACGCAGCUAUGCAUAUCGAUCAUUGAUGGAUAAGGACAUUUUGUGUGUCUCAAAAAAAUGUACAAGAUGUGAACAAGCCAAAAACCUCCCACCGAAAUUACAGUCAUCUCCAUGGCCAAGUGUAGAAAAGCCAUAGUCCCGUGUUAACGUUGAUUUUGAUGGGCUAAUAAACGGUCAAAACUUUCUUAUUAUCAACAACUGAAUUACAAAAUGACCAGAAAUUUAUUUAAUGCCUCCCACCUUAUUGACCUUAUCAAUGACAGUGCUGAAUAGACCUUUCGGGCAGUUUAAUUUUCCAUUAUCAGUAGUUACAGACAAGAGAUCUUACUUCAUAUUAGAAAUCCUCUCAAACUUCUGUUUAAAGAACGCGAUUACACGCAUUCUGUCAUCGCCCUACCAUCCCAGUCAAAAGGCCAAGCUGAGCGUUGCGUCAAUACCUUCAAGCGAGCUCUCAUCAAGUCACAAGGGGAGGGCACAACGGAGGAGGUCAUCCAGAAUUUCUUGAAGGCACACAGAACAACCUCGAAUUCCGCCUCACUUAAUGGUGCUUCCUCUGCUGAAUCAAUGUUCGGAAGGAAGGUUCAGACUUCAUCGGAUAGAGUGUAUUCAUGGAGAAUAAGAUGGGACUACAAGCCCAAUUGGCAGAGAUUUAAUGGCAGGUUCCUAAUGAGUUACCAGUAUUUGUAAGAAACUAACCACAUUGGGGAUCAACACGGGUAGCAGACGUUAUCAUAAGAAGAAUAGGUGAAAUAAUGUACGAAUUUGAUGUUUGAGGUAAGCGCCUGACGCGACAUGAAAAUGGCAUUCUUGGCAGACGAUUAAAUUUAAAAAAGGACCUCCUAGCUCAACUCUGCAACUAGAUUAUUUGAUCGAUACAGACAUUUAGAAGCAUCAGGAUCAGCGUAGAAGAUGUAAUGACCAGACCCGGCGAAAAUCAUCAGCACUUUCAGUUAAAUCCAGUUAGCGGGACUUAUUUUUCAGAAUGGAAAGAUGAUAUGGAGAGUCAACUAGAAGUAGCCUAAUGAGAAGGUCAAUCGAUAACAAUCACAACUGACCCAGAGGUCAAGUGCAUUUCCUUGAGGUUAAAAUGGGUCAAUUUCUCAAG